AUGACCUCUCGACCAGAAUUCAACGCCUACCGCAUCUUUGUAGAUCGCUUCACCGCUGUCCAUAAGUCCACUCGUGCUAUCUCUCAGCAGGGGAAUUCCCCCCGCCAAGAUUCGUCCAUGGGCUUUGGAGCCCUCGCCAUCACUGAUGGUUCGCCGUCUGUCGCGGCCCCUCCUGCUGCCGGACCCUCUGCUGCGGUUCCUUCUGCUGCCGUGUCCCCCGCUAUGGCUCCGACCUCUCUCUCCUCUGGCCAACAGGAGGCCAGACCUGCUCCUGUUGGCCCUUCGCAAGCUUCGGGUCAGUCUGCUACCGUGGUGGAGAUUGAUGAUGACGGCGAGGAGAUGGAUGUUGUUGAUAGUGAUGAAGAGAUGACUGGUGUUGUUGAUGAUGAGGAAACGGGUGGUGCAGAUGAUGGAGAAGGAAUGGGCGAUGUGGAUGAGGAGAUGUAUGAUAUUGAUCUCGGUGACCAGGAGUUGUUCAAGGAUAGGGAUGGUUGGUUGGCCGAGUUAGGAGGAUUGAGUCGUACGUUCCCUGUCGCGUUACCUGUUUCUAUUCGCGUCAUCGAAGGAUCUCCCGAGCUUCGUGUGACGAUACAGAGCUCCAACGGGAGGAAACGAGUAGCCUACAUGGCUAAGUUGGUCGAGGUGAAGUCCGAGAAACGUCGCCGCUCCCCUUCGGUCCACGACGACCCUCCCCUUCCUUCGGCGAAGCGGGCCAAAGGUACUCCUAGUCGGCCUUCGCCUGUACUGAGAGAAGUGUCUCCCCCUCCUGCUAAGGAGCCAGGGAGUGCUCGUAAGGCGUCGUUGCGGGAGCAGGAAAGAUUAUGGAAGUUGUUCGAGGACAAAAGGGAACGUUGGGAGGUCGUCAGUAUAGAGGAGUCGUGUGAUAGAUGUCGUCGCGAAAUUAUCACGUACAGGAGGAAGAAGUGGCCGUGUUUACGACCGGUCAAACCUCGUAAUCGUGGAUCCCGUUGUGCUUCCUGCACUUCUGGGCCAUGCUCGUUCUGUCCCCCCAACGCCGCUCGGGACAUUCCUCCUAGAUCUCCGUACACUCCGUCCACCGCUGUCCGCCGUCAUCUCCCCACAGGACUAGACAGGGACUAUCCUUCGCGCUCUCCUUCGGCGAACUUCUCCUCUCCCGGCCCUACCUCGCCGUCACCCGCCGCCCGCCGCCCGCCUACCUCUCCUGCGGCCGGACCGUCUCGUCUUCCCGCUACUCCUUUGGCAGGUCCGUCCCGUCCCACUCCUCGUUGUGCUCCUUCCGCCGUCCUCCGGCCUUCUACUCCUGUGGCUGGCCCAUCUCGUCUCCCGGCUACCCCGUCGGCCGCUUCGCCUCGUCCUACCAGGAGCUGUCCUACUCCUGUCUCAGCACAAGAGGACUCUCCUCUCACUCUUCCUCCUGCCCUUGGAACCCGAAGUCGUCAACCUUCUGUCCCCCCUGCCACUGGGCUCUCAACUCCUGCUCUUCCUGUCCAAACUCCUCCUUCGAAAUCUCCAAAAGGGAAAGGCAAGAAGAAGAAGGCCGUCCAAUUCGAACCUGCAGUGGUAGAAAAUGAAAGUACUCAGCUACCAGAGGAACUCCCUCCUCCCCUCGACCACCCCUACAUCGCCGACGAUCCUCGAAUCCCAGAGGAGGAGAAACAAUUGGCUACUUUCCGUUCUCUCAUCAUUGGGUUGACCACGCAGUUACACGCCAAUAGACGAGAUACGGCGAAGCUUCUCGAAUAUUGCAUGAAGCUGGUCUCUGGUAUGAACACUCUGUCCCGGACGAUGGCAACUCUUGUAAACUCCUCCGAUAUAGGCCCAUUAGCGCGGACUGAGUUAGCUAGAGUCUCCCGAGAGCUCAUGACGGACAUGAACGAUUUCUACCGCAAUCUCUUCGAUUCUCCCUUCCUCCUGAAUCCCAUCGAGUACGCCCUUCCCCCCACGCUCGGCUGGUUAAGGCCACCCAACCCGGCUCGACUCAGUUCUCAGGAUGCUGCCUUCCUCGAUAUCCUGGCUCUUCCCCCGGACUGUCUUAGAACACUUCGACAGUUAUGGAAGCUGCCUAGUCUGAACAUCGCUCGUGACUCUGCUCUCCAUACCUCCCACAUUCUGGCCUUCAAUGCAGCGUGGAGAGAGGCUCGGUCCCUUUGA